GUUCGGUGCUGGCCUGCGGACGUCACACUGGGACGUUCGAGCGCCCCGCGACACAGCCAGUUGGAUACGGCCCCUCGGUGGGGACGGUUGGAAGGAGUUGUCCCUCCCGCGGAGGCGGUGUGCCGGGGGGAAGCCCGGAUUCCUUAGCCUGGGUCACAGAAGCCCUAUGGAUCAUGGAAGUGAGCACACUUUUGCUCCCUAGAAACGUUGAGGCCUUCCGUCACUCAGCAGUUAGAACUAAAGACUCUCAAAAGUUUCUGUCAUCGUCCCUGGCAGCGCAAAACAAAAAGGAAAUGUUUUUGUCAUCAUCUUCAGAUCCUGCAUGUUUUGAAGUGGAUAUCCAUGAAAUUUUAGAAAGUAUGUCAGAGUUGGAAGCAGUAGAUGUCAAUGGUCCUCAGGAUGCCUUCUGCUCAGACUCGCCCUUCUGUUUAGAAGCCAGCUCCAUCACUUCAGCUUUGCCUCAGAAUGAAAUAGAGGACGUUAAAAGGGAAAAUGAAACUAUACACACUCUCUCUGAAGAUAUUUAUAGCACACAGGACAGUUUGUUAGGUGAUAUCAACCUUGGUAAUUACACAGAGAGCAUGCAGAAUCAACCAGCUAACACUGGGGUUACUUCCUUGAGACAAUUUGAACCCAUCUGCAAAUUUCAUUGGAUAGAAGCGUUUAAUGAUGAAGUGACAUUCCAAGACCUGAAGGAGGCCUUUUCUUACUCCGAGAAGCUACAGUUGCAAAGCCAGGCGUACAACGAUACCGCAGAUAUCUGUGAAAAGCCAGAUCUGCUUCAGGAGGACAGUCCAGCAGAAACUAGCAUUUCUGAAAAUAAAGACCAGCUUGUCCACGAGCAUGUCAGGAUGUCUCCUAGAGGGAUGGCUCCUAACUACUACAGAGAAGAGGCUCAGCCAUUCAUGGAAAAGUCACUGGUGAGAAGCACCAUGGUAGACCUCUCCGUCAACGUUCAUCACCCCCAGAGACUUCAGAGUAAAGAAAAUGUCUUCCGAGGUGGUGAAAGCAUGUUUGUUAACGAGAACUGCCUGGCCCUGCUUGACCUGCGCGCUAACUGUAAAGCAGAGGAGCCUGAAGUGUCUUCAAAAGAAAUAUUGAAUUCUGGGGAGAUUUCUGAGAUGUCUGUUAGCAACCAUGAGGAAGUCACAGAAGAUGGUGUAGACAGCCUGGCCAUGCUCUCCCCUUGGUCUCCACCCGGCAUCUUCAAGAGCAGAUCUCAGGACCACUACAUGAUGCCUGCUGAGGAGCUAGGCUUGGGAAGCUCAGAGCCUCUGGAAGAGGACAUGGCUUUAAACGAAGCCUUGCAGAAGUUAAAACAGACUAAUAAAAAACAGGAAAUGCAGAUCCAAGACCUCCACGGUAGGAACUCGAACUUAGAAAACAGGGUUAAAGAACUACAGACAAAGGUCAGCAAACAGCAGGUAUUGGUUGACGUCAUAAAUAAACUAAAGGAGAACAUUGAGCAGUUAAUUGAUGACAAAUACAAUGUGAUCCUGGAGAAGAAUGAUAUCAAGAAGAAAUUUCAGGAUCUGCAAGAGGUUUCGGCUAGCACCAAAAAGCACCUUCAGGAAUCCAAGAAAGACAAGGAGACCCUCCAGCUCCAGGUUAAAAAGAUCAAGGUCCAUUACGUCCGUUUACAGGAAAGGUACAUCACCGAGAUACAGCAGAAAAACAGAUCGGUCAGCCAGUGCCUGGAGAUAGAGAAGACCUUAAGCAGGAAAGAUGAAGAGCUCCAGAGGCUGCAGCGACACAAGGGAGAGCUGGAGAAGGCCACCAGUUCUGCUCUGGACUUGCUGAAGAGGGAGAAGGAGAUCCGGGAACAAGAGUUCCUGUCUUUUCAGGAGGAAUCUCAGAGGCGGGAAAGGGAAAACCUGAAAGAAAGGCGGAAAUUGAAGUCAAGAGUUGAGAAGCUGGUCACUCAAGUGAAAAGCUUGCUGUUGACCUGUGAGAGUGAGAGGGCUAAAACUACAAAGCUCCAGCAGCAGGUCAAUGAGCUGCAGCAGGAGAAUGCAGAACUCCGGCAGCUGGUUGCAAGGGGGGAGCCGCAAACUUGCGCCCCUAACUUUGAGAUAAUUCAGUCAAAGGAGCAGCUGGAGGAAGUGAUGGAGCCAGAUGUCACCCAGGAUACAAAGGGGACACAUUCUAAUUUGUUCCUGAAUUGCUCAUCUUGUAAAGAAAACCUGCAACUUCAACCUAUGAAGAGAACUUCUCCACUGGCCUCUAGAAUUCACAGUCUUUUGGCCCUGACAAUAGGACUUCUCACAUGUCAGGAUCUCAACAUUCCUGAUGCUGAACACUGCCAAGAGAGUAAGAGAGCUAAUGAUGUAAUGCUGCAAAAAUUGAAGGACUUUCAGAAUAAAAAGAAAGAUUUAGAUAAAGAGCUAUUGAAACAUAAAAACAGAAUUGCAACUCUUAAAGAGUUAAUUGCUAAUGAAAAAGCACUUCAAGAUCACACUGUUGAGGUCACAGAUUUUGAUGCAGAAGAAGCCAGGAAUGCCAGAGAAGCUCCUAUGUUAUUGGCAGUCAAACUGGAUAAAUACCACAACCUAAAUGAGGAGCUUGAUUUCUUGAUCACAAAGCUGGGAGGCCUUCUGGAGAGCAAAGAAGACCACUACAGCAAACUCAUUGAGGAGAAUGACAAGUACCGGAGACAUGUAGGCAGCCUAAUAAAUAAGGUAACGUCAUAUGAAGAAAUUAUAAAAUGUGCUGACCAAAGACUUGAGAUAUCCCAUUCUCAAAUUGCACAUUUGGAAGAGAGAAAUAGACAUUUGGAAGAUUUAAUUAGAACGCCCAGAGAGAAAACCAGAAGGCCAAGACCAAGAUUAGAAAGUCGCCCGAAGUCCAUGACAUUGGUAGGUCAUCUUGAUGGCCACUGUAAAGAAUGUUCUGUUUCCAUGUGAACUGACAGUAAUACUUGAUUAAAUAUUCAUUCCUGA